GGCGCGCAGCACUCGGCGUCGCUCUACGUCGGCGACUUGCACCCCGAGAUUUCAGAGGCCAACUUGUACGAGAUCUUCCAGGCGCUCGGGCCCGUGCAGAGCAUCCGCGUGUGCCGUGAUGUCGUCACGCGCCGCUCUCUGGGAUACUCGUACAUCAACUUUCAUAACGUCGUCGACGCGGAGAGGGCCCUCGAGACCAUGAACUACUACUCGUCCCAGCUUACAAAGAAUAAGCCGCUCAGGAUGAUGUGGAUGAUCAGGGACCCCUCGCAGAGAAGGACGGGGGCCGGUAAUAUCUUCGUCAAGAGUCUGGAUAAGUCGAUUCGGAACAAGAGUCUUUACGAUACCUUCUCUCAGUUUGGUACUAUUCUCAGCUGCAAGGUUGCUACCGACGAUAACGGCGAGAGUCUGGGACAUGGCUUUGUGCACUUUGAAACCCCCGAGGCUGCUCAGCUUGCUAUUGAGAAGGUUAACGGUAAGCUCCUGGCUGGCCGCAAGGUCUACGUGGGCAAGUUUUUGAACAAGCGGGAACGCGAGGCCGCCGGCCAGGUCAACAAGAUCUUUACCAAUGUCUUUAUCAAGAACCUAGAUGACUCGAUUUGCGACGAGGAGAAGCUUCGCGAGUUGUUUGCCGAGUUUGGCGACAUCACCUCGAUUCACGUCGCUCAAGACGAGGUUGCCAAACCCAAGGGCUUUGCCUUUGUCAACUUUGCCUCCCCGGAGAUGGCCAAGCGCGCUGUUGAUGGGAUGAACGGCAAGGAGGUUGCCGGCAAGACCCUCGUCCUCAAUGCCGCCCAGAAGAAGUCGGUCCGCGAGGCCGAGCUCCGCAACAAGCAUGAAAUCAUCCGCAAUGAGCGCAUGCAAAAGUAUCAGGGCAUCAAUCUUUACAUUAAGAACCUUUCGGACGAUAUCGACGACGAUCGCCUCCGCACCGAAUUCUCCCCGUAUGGCACCAUUACUUCGUGCAAGAUCAUGCGUGACGACAAGGGCUUUUCACGUGGCUUUGGCUUUGUUUGUUACACCACCCCCGAUGAAGCCACCAAGGCCGUCACUGAACUCAAUGGCCGCAUGGUGGGCCAGAAGCCCAUCUACGUUGCUUUGGCCCAGAGGAAGGACGUCCGCCGCGCCCAGCUUGAGGCGCAGAGACAGAUGAACUUGAGGAUGCCCGGUGCCGUUCCCGCAGGCGCCAUGUACGCGCAACCCUCUCCUUACAUGUACCAGCAGCCGAUGCCUAACAUGGGCAGUGUUAAUCAGGCUGUACCGGGCCGGAAUGGGCCUUACAUGCAUCCGCCGUACAUGGCCCAAGUUGGCCGAGGUGCCGCCCCGGCAGGCCGUGGUGGUCCGGCUGCAGGCAUGCAGUACAUUGCGGCCAUGGGCCGCGGGCAGCCGGGUAUGGCUCCUGGAAUGAACCCUGCAAACAUGCAAAUGUUCGGGUUGGCGCCACAGCGCCAGCCGCGACAGAACCGCCAGCGCGGUGGACACAUGGGUCCGAAUGCCGCCAUGGUCGCUGGUCGUGGCAACCCCGCCGCAGGACGUGGUCGUGGUGGCCCGAACCAGGGACCGCCAGGACAACAAUUCAAGUAUACUACUAACGCACGUAAUGCCGCCAUUGCGGCCCCUAACGGACAGCCUCAAGUGGCUGCUCAGGUCCCCAAUGGGCAAGCGAUUCCCCAGGUUGCUACUCCUGAUGCCGCUGCUGCUGCGGCUCAGCCACUGACUCUAGAGAUGCUCGCCAACGCGACAUCGGGGCAACAGAAACAAAUGUUAGGCGAGAGGUUGUAUCCUCAGAUUGCCGAGCUUCAACCGACUUUAAGCGGUAAGAUCACGGGCAUGCUGCUUCAUAUGGAAAACACGGAGAUCUUACAUCUCCUCGAAUCACCCGAAGCUCUUGCCGAAAGGGUUGAAGAGGCUGUGACAGUUCUUCGUGAACAUGCGGCCGCCUCUGGGGAUCAGCCGCAGGGCCAGACGCAGGCUGUCUAAGAAAAUUGGACUGGUUGCACGCUAAGACAGUCAUCUGGAAGAAAUUCACUGUCGAUCGUUGUUGUUGUCGUUGUUGUUGUUGUACGGUGGUCAAAAGUAUGCGAGAGUUUCCUAAGUUUGUAUGAAAGAGAGUACUUGAAAUGAUUGGGUUAUUGUGUUUUUGAUGACUCGGUGGUUUCGAAGAUAUACGUGUGAAAGUCAAGUGUGGGCAUCCGAUGCAGGGCAGACUUGGUUUUUGUUUGAGUAUGCUGGCUUUUAAUGUGAGAAAGAUGAUUGAUGUGAUAGAUGAAUGUCUGUCUGUGUGUGCGUUUUGUCUAAUGCGCCAAGAAAAGUAGAAAAAGACCAAAAAAAUAUAUUCUUUCUUGAAAA